AAAAAAUUGAGAUUAUCCAGCUGAUGACGGCAACAAUUUAUUUUCCUGAGUUUUCAAGUGCUUUUUGGUUUUUUCUUUUUUUUUAAAUCAAAAUCAUGGAUUCGAAUAAUAAAACAUCCGAUUCGGCAAUAUUAUUUUUGGAUUCGACAUUUGAUCCACCGUUGAAUCCACCACCAUCAACAUCAGAUAAUCAUCCAACACAAUCAAUGGAUGGACAUCAAAUAUUGAAUCAAGUUCAAUUACAAUUUAUACCGAGUGGUAAUGAAAAUCUUUAUGUUAGUGGACAAAUUCAAAAUACACAACAACCAGCAGCAACAAGAUCAUUUGUAUUGGAACCAUCUAUAAUUGUAACCGGUUCAACUGAACAACAAAAAAAUCGUGAUACAGAUUUUCUUGUCGAUAAUGAUGAUACACAACCGAUUGAUUUGGGAUCACCUGAUGGAGCGAAAAUGGCCAAUGAAAAUCAAUCAAAACUAACUAUAUGGCAAUUUGAUUAUUAUGCCCGUUAUUUUGAUCUUACAACUGAUCAAUUUAUUCGUCGAAUUAUUUGGUCACCGGUUCCAUUGACACAAGGUAAUGAAAAAGGAACAUAUAUUGAUCGUUAUAUACAUUCGAAUCCAGAUCUUUAUGGACCAUUUUGGAUACCAAUUACAUUGGCAUUUACUAUUUCAAUUUGUGAUGAUAUUAUUCGACAUAUGAAUUUGAAUUCAAUGAAAACCAUUUCAACAAUCAAUCCUAUGAUGAUGGAUCAUAAUUCAACAAUCAAACCGACACCAAUAAAGCAAGAAUAUCAUCCAUUAACAUUCGAAUUUGAACGUAUCAAUAUGGCAAUGACAAUAACAUUUUCAUAUAUUAUUUUAGCACCAUUAAUAUUAUGGUCAUUUUGUCAAUGGCGUCGUUGUUCAAAACUUUAUACAUUUAUUGAAUGUAUUUGUGCUUAUGGUUAUUCUCUGUCAUUAUUUAUACCUGUUACCAUUCUGGCAUUGAUUAAUAAUCGUCAAAUUCAAUUUAUAUUUUUUGCUUCUGCAGCAUUCCUUUCUGGUUCAGUUUUGCUAAUAUCAUUCGGACCGGUUGUACAUUCUGAUCCAUCACGUUCAUUUAAAUUUGCAUAUGUUAUGCUUAUAUUUAUACUUAUAUCACAUAUUGUAUUGGCAUUAUUUUAUCUUUAUAUGUUUCUUUGAGUUGGAAAUAAUUUCAUAGUCAGAAAGAGAGAGAAAAAUGGAUAAGUUUUAUUGUUACUAUUAUUAAUUACAAAUACGAGAAAAUUACAAAAUAAAAAUUGUUUUUUACAGCA